AUUCAAACCUCCCAAACAAAUAGUGUACUGUAACGUCUCUACAACGGUUCCGAAUUUUUUCUUACCAGACCGAACAAAACGGAUUUUUCGCUGUGACCCACUUUGCAUUUAUGUCAAAGACCCAUGUAGUUGUUGUCUCCAGUUUUAACGUUUGAUAAUAAAAUCAUGAAGAAAAUACAACUUCAAACUAUCAUCGAGGGAUUGUUAACUAAGUAUGAAUGUCCCAUUUAUCAGCUUCAACCAAAUGAUAUCUGGCUUGGUGAUCAACUUAGUAAUGGAGGACAGAGUAAAGUAUGUGAAGCAGUCGUGAAAGUUGGAGGUGAGGAAAUGCACGCAGUUAUCAAAAUAAUUAAGGAUGAUGAAGAAUUAGAAUAUGCAGUGCAAGAAAUAGAUCUUUUGUGCGAGUGCCAAGAGUUGCUUAAUUCUGUAGUUAAAAUAUUAGGAUUAACAAUUGUGCCAGAUGAAGAUGAAAAUGGGAAAAGGACUUACAGAUUAGGAAUUGUGUUAGAAAGAGGAGAUCAUGACCUUGCAACACAUUUGGAACGGUAUACAGGAUCUCAUUCUGUUGAAGUGGUGUUGGAAAUAUUUUAUUCUGUUGUUCAAAUGGUGCAAUCACUUCACUCGCAGGGCAUUGCACAUAGAGACUUAAAAUUGGAGAAUAUUUUAGUCAAGGGAGAACAACUGAAAAUCUUGGACCUUGGUUUAGCUACAAAAACAGAGAGAUAUUAUGAGGCAGAAAUGCACACAAUAUGCGGUACAAAAGGAUAUGAUGCACCAGAAAUUUGUUUGGGUGAAAUGGAUGGUGAGACUGUAUAUGAACCUAAAUCAGUUGAUUUCUUCAGUUUAGGAGUAAUGCUCUUUAGUAUGUUAUUGGAUAGAACCAAACAUAGCCUCAAAAAAUGUCAAAAAGCAAUCUCACAUGCAACUAAACGGUUGGAUAUCGAUAGGGUUAUUGACAAAUGUGUCCGUGACAAGCUUAUUUGUGGAGACCAUCCUGAGCUUAUAGAUCUAAUUAGAAAUCUGAUCGACCCAGACCCUUAUAGAAGAUUAACAAAUGCUAGAGUUCUUUUAAACAAAUUACAAAAAAUCAUGAGGAAUAUAACCACAGGUAAUAAUGCAGAAUCUGACUAUUUGACAGCUCCUGUGCCAAGUCGUCUAAGAACUGGGAAAGAAAAUGAGAUCAAUUGUCCUCAGGCUUUAAAAGCAUUUGCUGCGAACUACCGACCAAGCAGACCAAAAAGACUACAAGAAAGGAAUCGUUCCAGGUCACCAAAAAACAGUGGGAAAGGUUCCAAACAAUUCACGUUCUGUUCUGGUGAUUAUCUUGGUAAAAGACCAGAAAGAUGUACAAGAAAACAUAGUUGGGCAUAGAAUACUUAACAGACUUAUCCGUAUUUGUCUUUCAUAAAUGUGAUAUAUACAUUGUGUGUACAAGCAAGUAUCCAGUGCAUUUUGAACAACCUGAAGUCUCAAUAACUUUCUGCUGGUUCAUGUGAGGAACUGAUAUUUGCUAAUGACUGGUAAUCUAAAUGUUCUGAGUGCAGGUGAAGAAGAGAAAACCUUGGAUUUAAUUUUUAGUUGUGGCUUUGUGAGAAUAACCAAGAUGUUCGUAAAUCUUCAGUUUCCUAUCCUGAGCUCUUUAAAAGAUGAUCUUCAUUUAUUCACAAUAUAUUAAUCAAGGAACGUCUUCUGUGGUUCAUUACAGAUUUUAAUAUUUACAGUUGUCAAUUUAAGGAAUUGCUAACCAUCCAAAAAAAAGAAACUUUUUCAAAAUGAUGUAUAUUGUGAUUAUGAUAUAGUUUAUUUAUAUUGGUCGGGUUAA